AUGAGCGGUCGCUCCGCAUACGUCUGUCAGCUACAGAUAUGCAACACGGCAAUAAUUCUGGCAGGACUGCUUGCUAUUGGAGUGGCUGGCAGUCAGUUCUCAAAAGUCGGACUUGACAACUACAGAAACAUCGAUUUAAGGCUUCUGAACUAUGUUCAUGUUUUGACUGGAUUAAUAGGAUUGUACUCGCUGCUUAGGAAUCAUGGAAGUAUAGUCACAAAAUCGUUGUAUUUUGUGUCAUUCGUAAUUGGUUUCGCAACUGCUGUGUUCUAUGGAUUUACUACAUACAGAGUUGUCAAAGCAAAAGAAGCACUUGUCGAGCUUCAAAAUGCGCAAGGGUUUACCGAAGAGUUUCAAAGCGAAACUUCGAAUUAUGCUGGAAGAAUUGUCAUGUCAGCGCUGAUGAUUGCAUCUGGCACCAUUGCAUGCAUCUUCUCUGCCUUUGCCAUUUUUCUUCUUGACAAAAUCAUUGUUGUCACUGUUCCAGUCUAUCCUAUUCAAUCACGUGACCAAGAGCAUGCCGUAGAAAACUCGCAAAGAAUUCUUGCCACUGUCGGUGUCAUUAAAUUCAUACUUGCCUUUGGAUUAUUGGGACUUUGCGUAUUCGUUGAAUACGAGCAUGAAAACGUAUCCGGACUUGAUAAGUAUAUUAAAAUCGCAUUGGAUCAUAUUGGUGCUAUGCUGGCAAUUGUGAGUGGAUUUAUGGAUAUAUGGGCGACUAGAGCUAAAAAUCAACAAAAUCUUAAUCUUAAGGUUGCUCUUAUCCUCUCGAUUGUUGCCGGAACAUGGUGCAUUAAGGUGAUUGACAAUAAUGCGAUGCCAUUUUAUAAAAACGACUUGAAAUAUUACUAUCAAGGAAGAGCUGUUGGAGAUGCAUCGAUUACAUCUACUGAUUCGCCGCGAUACAUUCUUGCGGUUGCACAUGGUGUUCUUUUGGGAUGUUUUGGAAUUGUUGUACUUCUUUGCACAUUUUCCGCUGUGAUUGUUGGAAAUUAUCUUUCAUUGGAUUAUCAUUCACUACAUAUGCAUCCCCAAAAAUCUCUGAUUAUCCAGAAUCGAUUAAUUUCUUUUGUUCAAUUUUUGUGCGGAUCAUGCUUAUUGGCACUUUGCAUUCUUGGUCUUCUCGACACUUGGUGGAGAGGCGAAUUUUUAGGGGCUGAUCUUCUUUGGACAUCAACUUUAUUCUUUGUUACGGCGAUUUGCUAUUCAUCAAACCAUAAUGUUAUGAUAACUAGCAAAUUUGUGCUCAACAUAUGUUGUCUGGGAAUUGGUGUUGAAAAAAUGUGCGCAACUGUGAAUUUGAUUUAUCAAAUGUCUUCCUACCCCGCUUACACAGAUCGUCAAAAUACGCAAACAAAAACAUUUGUUGGUCAAAUUGUGCUUCAUUCGUGUCAGUGCGGCGUUUAUGCUCUUGGCUCAUUGGUGUCUUUGGGUGGAGCAAUCAUUUUCGGGAGAGCAGUUACAACUCAGCCUAAUCUUACUUAUCGCCAUUCAACUGGAAUUCACAACUUAUUCUCUCUUGGAAUUUUGUUCUACGCCGUUGUCAUUACUGGUUGUUAUGUUGUCUUCGAAGUCGGAAAGUGGAGAUACAACGAGGUACCGGUUGAAGUUCCCUUCUUCCGUUUGGGAAAUGGACCCCUUGCUGGUGCUGCAUUUGUAGUCCAGAUAAUGUGCAUUGCAUUCCCAAGUCUUCUAGCUUCCGCUUCCAUUCUUAACGUCAUAGUUGCUACAAUCGCACUAUUCACAGUUUCGUCUGCUAUUACCAACACCUAUUAUUUGCAAAGAUACCUUCAAGCUGCUGAAAUUAUACCAACAAGCGCUGAUGAAAACACGAUCUACCAGGUCGCUAUCAUUCUGGCUGGUUCAGCAACAAUUGCUUGUGUUGUAUGCACAGUCUGCGCAGUUAUUUGCUCUCUUCGUUCUUCCUAUAUUCUUCAUCAUCGAUCUUCGUCGCCAACAUCAACAGUUGUGGCACCAUUGGGAGCUGGUAGUGAAGCGUAUGGAAGUGGAAGCCUACGUGUCGGUACACAUUUAAGGCAGCCCUCAAGAAUGAUGGGCAGCCCGCCGGGGGUCGGCGUGCAAGCUAUGGAAGAGCAGUCGGUUUAUUGGAGCGCUGAUGAAAAUCCAUUCUACUACCAUACCUCUAAACGAUUUUACGGAAAACCUUACCAAAUUGAAUCAGGAUUCUAUGGCUACGCAUUAGCGACACCAGGUAGCGCAGUUAGCGCUGGCGAACCAAGCGAUCCUCGCCGUGUUCAAUCCAGUGCUGCUCAGACUCAGAUAGGACAUGUCUUCCACAACUAA